AUGACAGGAGUCACGCUUCACAGUAACACCACCAACACCAGCAUGUGGUCUGGAACUUGGAGCCUGUCUGUAGAGGACUUGCUGAGGAUUGUUCUGAUCUCCACUAUUCUUUGUACCUCACUGUUGGGGAACACCGUGGUGCUGUUGGUGCUGCAGAGAAAGCCCCAGCUGCUGUAUGUGGCAAACCGUUUUGUUUUCAACCUGCUGCCAGCUGACUUGCCGCGAACACUGGUGGUGACGCCUUUGGUAAUAGUGAGCAGUUUACGCAUCCAGUCUCUGAACAUAGGCCUCUGUAAACUGUUGGUCAUUUUGGUGCAUCUGUUUGCAUUUGCUGGUGUUAAUACCAUCUAAGUGGUCUCCAUCGAUUGAUGUUUGGCAAUCAUUCACCCCCCGGCCUACACCAAGCGAAUGACUCCACAGACAGGCAACAACCUGAUUGGUCUAACUUGGCUGCUUGGUGUGGUGCAAAGUACGCCCCCUGUCUACGGCUGGGGGCAGGUGCACUAUGACAAUCACAGCUUCUGCAGCCUGCUCUGGUCAUCCGGUUCCUCCUACACCCUGCUGACCACCCUGUCCACCUUCUGGCUCAUCAUGCUGGGCUGCUACUGGAUGGUGUUCAGGGCAGCACGAAGACACGAUGCUUUGGUUCACCCAAUUCCUCCCAAAGUCCAGCCAAAGCAGUCACACAUGACUAUUUCCAGCUUAGGGGCUAGAACUCGUCAUUGGUGUUUUCAUUGCCGCUGCAAGGCAGCAAGGGUUGUCUUUGUCACUGUGUCCUCCUAUAUCUUCAGCAUGGGCCCUUACAGCAUCCUCAUGACCAUGAGCAGGUUGAAAUCUCCACCUCCUUGGCUCACCACCACAGCUCUGAUUCUCUUCUACUGCCAGCGCUGCAUCUACCCUUACACCUACGGUUACAUGCACAGGAGUGUCAGGAUGGAGUUCCUCACACUGCUGUGUGGCUCUUGCUACAGGCAGCUGCACCCCAGGAACUCAGUGCUAGACAGCUAUGUCACCAUGACAGAUGGCAAGAUCUCCCAUUAG